AUGGCGCGGCAACCGCUCUCCACUACUACUCGGAAUAGUAACGCUUCCUUUGCAUCCGCGGCGUUCACGCAGUCCCACGGAGACCCACAAUCCUGGACCGGGGCGCCGAGAGUCUCAUUUCCGAUGACUUCCCUGUCCUCUGACCAUCAGACACCGCACCACACAUUCCUCAUGCCCCCUAGUGUAGCCGGCGGUCGCCGCGGUAGUACGGACUAUCGCCCGAGCAUAAAAAAGGCUCAGGGCCAUAUCCCAGCAUGUCUGGUCAAUGCGUCUGUGACGUAUUGCGACAACGAUCAGAUCUACGCCUUCGGCGGGUUCGAUCAGUAUACUGAUGAAGUGUACAACCACGUUCUGAGGCUGAACCUUAAAGAUCUCCGCUGGGAACUUGUGGACAAUUAUGGCGAUAUUCCAGGAGUUCGCAUGGGACAUACUGCCACUCUCUAUCAAGGGACCAAACUGAUUGUCUUUGGUGGAGAGAAUGAGCAUCGCGAAUAUCUUUCCGAUGUGGUCAUCCUCGAUAUUACCACCUCUACUUGGACUCAGCCGGAAAUCCGUGGACCAGUACCGCGAGGAAGGGCCCGCCAUGCUGCCGUCAUUUACGAUGACAAACUUUUUGUCUUAGGAGGUGUAACUGGAGAUAACAAAAUCCUUGAUGACCUGUCUUACCUGGACCUGAAAACAUGGACAUGGUCUCGGACCUGGAGAUUUACAGCCCGCUUCGAUCAUACUGCCUGGGUUUGGGGCGGUCGCCUGUGGACUUUUGGAGGCCUUGACCCGGGUAUGGAACGUACGACGGAUAUCUGGUGGCUUGAUCUCAAAGACAUCCAAUCUCUUGGAAUGACAACAUCGCAAGGUACCGUAGACACCCCCGCGACAAUCGGCAGGAGUACUCAUAGCCCAGACACAAUGUUCAAUAGUCCAGCACAGCAGCUCUCGGGACGGUCGGGUAGCUACGCAGCAAACUCGGGGAGUGUGCAAGUUCGCAAUUCAAAUCGACGGAAACCAAUCGCUCCCGGUGCCAUCUCGUGUCUUCAGUUCAAGUCUGGCCCUCAUGUACCUGCGCUAUUCUCUGGGACCCACUUCCAAGCAUAUGCGUCUGGUGUUCUGCUCGACUUGAUAACUCCGUCGGAGACAGUGCGUAUAUUUGACUGUAAUCUGUCAUCAUUGGAGCUUGACUCGCUACGCUGGCAAAGAUUGGCCGAUGGACAGGAAAUAUUUAAAUCGGGUUAUAGGUGGCAUUACUGUACCGUCGAUGCGAGUGGCACCAAGGCGUGGCUGUUAGGCAGCAACUCGGAUGUCGGCGCCACUCCUGGAACCGCUGAUGAGAACCACAUGAGCGAAGUUCUUUGUAUUGAUCUGGAAAGGUACGGUUUACUUGGCAAUGACAUGACAGCCGCCUCGCCCGACCAAGACAGAGCACUACUCUCGGGACAAUCGGGGGCAUCUCCCUUAUCUGGAAUUGGUGCGGACCUGUCGGCUGUCUUUGAUCAAGCGCCUGAAUCCGGCAGUGGUGCCGACUUUACUAUCACAGCCAACCCAGACGAUCAAGUAGACGGUGACGAGCUCGCAGAAGACUCUUCUUCCCAAGCCCAGUCCACGUUUAUACCUCCUAAUGUGGCCACUUCCCCACCCAUCCAUGUGCAUCGGAUUAUUUUACAGCUAAGAUGGCCCCAUUUCAAAAGGCUGUAUUCUGCUCAGAUGGUCGAAUAUCAUUCGAAGAGGAUGCAUAUUCCUGAGCCUUACUCGGUCGUUCGUGCAUUCAUCUACUACCUGUACACUGAUAGCAUCUCAGGUCACCCAGAAUACUGUUCUGACAUUGUCGAUGUGGCUGGUAUGCUCGUGAUGGCCAAUUUGUACGACAUGCCUAAGCUACGAGUGUUAUGUGUUAACCGGCUGAGUCGUGAACUGGACGUGGAGAAUGCAGCCAUCAUCUGGGAGCGAGCCGGCCGGACGAAUGAAGAAUGGCUGAUGCGCCGUGCGGCCCAAUUCUGUCUCAGCAACUGGGGUCGAGUAGUACGCACCGACGGCUUCAAGUCUCUGAGUCGGCAGAGUUUGAUUGAACUAUGUGAGGUGGUUGACAUGGAAGGCCGCGUUGUUGCAGGACCUGAAUUGGAGAUGGUUGGAGCGCUUUCCGCGGAGGGAUUUGGCUCCGGCAGAGAUCCUAAGCGGUCCCAGCUGGCUCUUGGCGGCACAAUGGCAGAAGAUGUCGAUGACCUCGAUGGCGACGAAAUGGAAGGGAUGGAAAUGUCUUACCAGAUUGAAGGAGCCGUGGACGAGGACGGACGAGGUCCAUCCAUCUGGGAUACAUUCUGCAAGAUCCCUGGCAAAAUCGCCGGAGGAGCCAAUGGUGAUGUGGCUUGCGACUCAUACCAUCGCGCACACGAGGAUAUCGCCUUGCUUAAGGCUUGCGGUGCCAAGGCAUACCGCUUCUCACUCUCUUGGUCCCGCAUUAUUCCACUCGGUGGCCGAAACGACCCCAUCAAUGAGAAAGGCUUGCAAUAUUAUGUAAAACUCGUCGAUGACCUGCAUGCUGCUGGCAUUACUCCUCUCAUUACUUUGUUCCACUGGGAUCUUCCUGAUGAGCUCGACAAACGCUACGGUGGUCUCCUUAAUAAAGAAGAAUUCGUCGCAGACUUUGCCCACUACGCACGCAUAGUUUUCAAGACGUUCGGCUCGAAGGUUAAGCAUUGGAUCACGUUCAACGAGCCAUGGUGUAGCAGUGUCCUUGGAUAUAACGUUGGUCAGUUUGCUCCAGGGAGAACAAGUGACCGGGCCAAGAGCCCUGUCGGAGAUAGUUCGCGGGAGUGUUGGAUCGUGGGCCACAGUCUUCUUGUAGCCCAUGGGGCAGCGGUGAAGAUCUACCGAGAUGAGUUCAAGGCCAGCGAUGGUGGGGAGAUAGGCAUCACACUUAAUGGCGACUGGGCCGAGCCUUGGGACCCCGAGAACCCGGCAGACGUUGAAGCUUGUGAUAGAAAGAUCGAGUUCGCAAUUUCCUGGUUCGCAGACCCCAUCUACCACGGGAAGUAUCCGGAUAGCAUGGUGAAACAGUUGGGUGACCGACUGCCGAAGUGGACGCCAGAGGACAUCGCGCUCGUUCACGGUAGUAACGAUUUCUAUGGCAUGAACCAUUACUGCGCCAACUUCAUCAAAGCCAAGACCGGCGAAGCGGAUCCUAAUGACACUGCAGGCAACCUGGAGGUCCUACUCCAAAAUAAGAAGGGUGAAUGGGUCGGACCCGAGACGCAAUCUCCCUGGCUGCGACCCUCCGCGAUUGGGUUCCGGAAGCUGUUGAAAUGGCUCAGUGAGCGAUACAACCACCCCAAGAUCUACGUUACAGAGAACGGCACCAGCCUGAAGGGGGAGAACGACUUGCCGCUAGAACAACUACUCCAGGAUGACUUCCGGACGCAGUAUUUCCGGGAUUACAUUGGCGCUAUGGCGGAUGCCUACACUUUAGACGGAGUCAAUGUCAGGGCCUACAUGGCAUGGAGCUUGAUGGACAACUUCGAAUGGGCCGAGGGCUACGAGACACGAUUCGGAGUGACUUACGUCGACUACGAGAACAACCAGAAGAGAAUCCCCAAACAAAGCGCCAAAGCAAUUGGGGAAAUUUUCGACCAACACAUUGAGAAAGCUUAG